AAAUCUAAUCAAGCCAAUUCUGAGCAUAACCAUCGCCGCUGGAGCGCCCCAUCGUGACCGUCAACUCACCCGCCACGGUGCACCUGUCUGAACCGGGUCUGAACACUUACUCAAUCAUCCAUACGUAAUAUAUCAUAAGAACAAAAUGUGGAUCGGCAUCGCUGCAGGCAAUUUGUGUAGCACCCACAAUUGAAGCGCGCAAAAUGCUCAAGCUCUACAUCCACUGGGACGGCGAGCCGGCCUUCACUAAGGUCGCCAAGCUCGGGCCAGGAGCCACCGUCCUUGACCUCCGCUUCCAAUGCUGGGAGGCGCUCGCAACACGCGAGCCCGCGGCUGCAGCCGCGGCUGCGGCUGCCGCAGUGCCCGGCGCCGGCCCCGCCUCCCUGGUGCUGGUGUCGGGCCCCAAGCGGCGGCCGCUGCCGCACGCAGCCGCCCUGACCGACAUCCUGUCGCCCGGAGAUGACGUGUUCUUUGCGGUUAGCCAGGAAACUGCUGCAGCCGGCGGCUCACCGCCGGCACCAGCGGCGGUGCCGGCAUCGGGAAUGGCAGCCAGUGCGGCUGCCAGCGGCGCAGACCGCGGCGCGACGGCGCCAAUGCCCGCGGGCGCGGCGGCAGCCAACGCCCCUUCCAGCGGCUCAACGGCGCCUGAAGCAGCCGCAGGCGGAAGCGGGUCGGUCGCUGGGGCAAGCACCAGCAUCAGCAACAGCAACAGCAACAGCAGCACCGGCGCCGGUGCGGACGCCUGUAUGGGCUCCGGCCAGGGGAAAGGCGGGGGCGGCGCCGGCACGGCAGCUGCAGGCAAGGCAGCUGCCAACACACCCGCCGCAGCCGUGGAGGCCGCGGCGGCAUCGAUGUGUCAGAAAGAGGCACUGCUGCCCUUGGUGCACGCCUUCUGGCAGCGGGCAGAGGAGGCAGCAGCCCAGAAGAACUUUCGCAAUGCAUCUGAAAUUCUGGAGCAGGCACUGCUGCUUGCGCCCGAGCCCUCCAGCGCAGCGGCCUCCUCCGCGGCCGCGACCUCCUCCUCCUCGCGCGGCUCUAAUCGCAGCCAUGGCAGCAGCAGCAACAGCAACAACAACAGCAGCAGCAGCAGCAGCAGCUGCGCGCACUCGGACACGUUGCAGCGGCUGGCGCGGGUGUGGCUGGCUGCGGGGAACCCGGGCCGGGCGGUGCGCUGGGCGCUGCGGGCGGCGGAGGCGGCGCCGGGAAACGCGGCUGUGCUGGAGCUGGCAGGAGAUUGCUUGAGGGAGGGCGGGCGACCGCGUGAGGCGGCGGUGCACUACCAGUCCGCCCUGGAGGUGCUGGAGGAGGCGCAGGAGCGGGACGGAGCAAGGGGCGCAGGGGGAGGCGGCGGCGGCGCCGCCGCCGUCGGCUCCGGGCCACAGCCGCACGAGGCGCCGCCCAGCGAGGCGCAGCUGCGUGUGCGGCUGGCCCUGGCCGCGUGUCUGUACGACAUACCCGGAUCCGCCUCGCCGCCGUACACCAACCAGGACCUGGCCGCCUCGCUGGUGAUGGCGGCGCUGGAGGCCGACCCCGGCUGCGGCGCGGCGCUGCACCUGUACGGUCGCAUCGCACUGGCCCGCGGCCUGGCGGACGACGCGCUGCGGGUGGCGCUGCGGCUGGCGGUGGCGGCGCCGCAGCGGGCGGACGCCAAGAGGCUGCUGGCAGAGUGCCUGCCGGACGCCGCGGCCUGCCAGCAGCUGUAUGCGGAGCUGAACGUGCCGCACGUGCGGGACGAGCAGGAGGAGGACGAGGGCGGGCAGGAUGCAAGCAGUAGCAGCGGCAGUAGCAGCAGCAGCAGCGGCGCUAGCAGCAGUGCUGCUGCUGCCGGCAGUGUCAGUGCGGCUGCGGCGCUGGGCUUUGUGGCUACAGCCGUCAAGGACCACGGCAAGGUGGGCAGCUGCAUCGCGUUGCUGCGCCGCGCCUCGGCGCUGCAGCCCUGCUGCGCCUCCUACGCGCUCAACCACGUGCACGCACUGGAGCUGACGCAGGCGCUGCAGCCCGCGCUGGCGGCGGCCGCGGCCUUCUGCCGGCGCGCCGCCGGGCCCGCGGCACAGCUGGCCGGUGUGCCGCUCAAGGCCCUGGUCCCGCUCCUGACCGGCCUCCCGCCCCUGCACCGCGCCGCCGACCUGGACUGGUACCUCGCCUCACCACCGCCACCGCCACCCCCAUCAUCACAACCAGCGCCCGCACCCGACGCCGCCACACCCACAGCCGCAGCUCCUGCUACAGCCUCAGCCCCGGCUACAGCCCGCGCUGCCGCUGCUACAGCCGUGGCGGCGGCGGCGGCGCCCGCCCGGUCUGUGUGCUACAGCCCCGACCAGCUGGAUGCGUUGGCUCUGCUGUUCACGGCCGCCAAGCUGCUGUUCGUGGGCGGGGCGCUGGGGGCGGCGGCAGCGCUGGCGGCGGAGGUGGAGCCGCUGAGGAGGGCCUCCAGCGUGGAGCUGCAUACCACCCUCAUCCGCAAUGAGGCCGCCUACUUCGGCUGCGUGCAGCAGCUGCUGGCAGACCCGCACACACCGCCGCAGCCGCCGCAGCCGCCACAGCCGCAGGGCCCCGCGGGCCCCGAGGAGGAGGGCGGCGCGGCACCGGCGCCGGGGGCGGAGGCGGGGCCGAGGGCGGGGGCGGCGGCGCAGGGCAAUGCGGCGGCAGAGCCGACUGCUACUGCUGGUGCUGGUGCUGGCGGUGCUGCCGCUGCGGGCGCUGCUACAGCCCGGCCGCUGUACCUGUGCGGGGAUUCGCACUGCUUGUCAGCCGCCUGGCGCCUCGUGACGCUGCGGGGGGAGAGGCGGCUGCUGCGGCCGCAGCUGGUGACCGGGUGCAAGGUGUGGCACCUGCGGCCGGAGUCCGUGUUCUACCCCAAGGCGCAGUUCGAGGCGGCCAUGCGACUGCUGCCGCCCGGGGCGCAGGUGCGGGCGCCAGGCGAUUAGCUGUCGGUUGCCGCCUGCGUGCGGGCUCUGGGCGGCCUGUAAGACGGCCGCAGC